AUGGACGAAAUUGUCAAACCAAAAGCUCGCCUUAAUCUAAACGCCUCCACCAUUGUUCCGCUCCCCAACAACCCAACUGAUGCCUUGUCCAAUCCGGUUUGGCACAAAGCCAUGACCGACGAAUACCAUGCUCUUAUCAAGAAUCAGACGUGGGAAUUAACACCGAGGUUGCCCGACAUGCAUAUUAUCCGAAGCAUGUGGUUAUUUAAACACAAGUUCAUAUCUGACGGGCCAUUAGAACGGUAUAAGGCGCGCAAUUUACAAGAGACAGUUUAUAUGUACCAACCUAUGGGGUUCAGGGACAAGAAUUUUCCUAAUCAUGGUUCACAGGUUGCUUAUCUUCUAUUAUAUGUGGAUGACAUCUUGCUGGUCACGUCUUCUGACACACUUCGCGCUACUCUAAUGUCUCAUCUAGCUAAGGAAUUUGCCAUGAAAGAUCUCGACCCUCUCAGCUUCUUCCUUGGUAUCUUCGUCAAGCGUCACAAGAACUCCAUGUUUCUCUCUCAACAAGCAUAUGGUCAGGAAAGUAUUCAGCGAGCCGGCAUGACAUCUUGCAACCCAGUUCAUACCCCGGUUGACACGCAUGCCAAACUUAGCGCCAAUGUCGGAACAGAUUUUCAUGACCCGACAUUAUACCGCAGCCUGGCGGGUGCUCUUCAGUACCUCACUUUCACUCGACCAGAUAUUAGCUACGCUGUGCAGCAAAUCUGUAUCCACAUGCAUGCCCCGAAAACGGACCACUGGAAUGCACUUAAACGCAUUAUUCGCUACAUCCAAGGUACUACAUCUUUUGGUCUUGCGCUCGGCCCAUCCACAUCGCCUCAACUGAUUGCAUAUACGGAUACUGAUUGGGCUGGAUGCCCUAACACUCAUCGGUCCACUAGUGGCUAUUGUGUUUAUUAUGGUGAUAAUCCUAUCUCUUGGUCUUCCAAACGACAAGCCACUAUCUCUCGUUCAAGUGCCGAAGCUGAAUACCGAGGUGUUGCUAGUGUCGUUGCAGAGGUUUGCUGGCUUCGCAACCUUCUUCUGGAGUUACAGCGACCCUUGUCACGCGCCACAUUUGUUUAA